AUGUUCAGCAAGCAGAUUUACACACUCGACUUCACACUUGAAGAAACAAGCAAACACAGCCUGGGACUCGGUCUCAACCUGGAGAAAGAACACGCGUGCCACGACAGUGCACGAUCCCACUGCCUGGCGCCAGCCAGCACCACUGAGAAAACAAAGCCAAGACAGUACACAUUUGAGGAAUGUUACACUGCCGUAACAACUCAGAUUGAGAGACACCUUGGAAAGCUAUCAGCAGCCAAAGUAGCAGACAUGACUGAGAUCCUAUGCACUCUUCACGCCAAUCUGCGAAAUAUGACACCUGUCCAGCAGAAGUCACACAUGAAGGUCGUCCUAGAAGCGUACAACAGCCUCAUUGUCUUCUAUAAGAAGACUAUUGAGCAGAUUGAGCAGCAUCAGCCGAAUAAGCCAGUCGAUAAGUCUAUUGAUAAGGAUAAGUCUAAUAAGCACAAUAAUGAUAAUAGCUGGUGUAGUGACAAUUGCUACCAGCAUAGAGCUGGAAUUAGACAGAUCCAUUCUGGGAGAGCGGAUCUGUUUGGUGCGAUGUCGCGCAACCUGACGACGUACUGUAGGAAGUACGCCCUGCUGAGAGAGAGGCUGUAG